AUGACAAUGCAACUACUCAAAGAAAAUUUCAAAUUUGCCAUCAAUUUAUCCAAACAUUUACUCUACAUUGCCUACCUCAUCGUAUUCUGCAUGAUUGGUGUUUUAAUUCGAAUUCUUCUCUCCGACACUCUCUACAAGCCUUCCCUCUCCUCCUCCAAUAAUAAUAGCAAUAAUAACAAUAUUAUGAAUCCAUCGACAUCAUCCAAUGGUAAUAUCGUUCAAUCCAUUGAUGAUUUAUUCUUCUCCGAUUUGUAUGCAAAUAUUGUGGGUUGCUUCAUCAUGGGAGUUUUAAUGGUCAUUCAUUUGCACUUUAUUAAAAAGCCUUUGGAAGAGUUGAAGGAGAAGGAGAAGGCCUUGUUAGUUGAAUUGGAAAAGAAUAAGGUUACUAAUAAUAAUAAUAAUGGUAGUAGUAGUGAAAGUAAUACUCCUAUUAUGGUGAAGAGUAAUAAUUCAUCAGCAAUAUCUUUGGAAGGAAUGGAGGAAUCAAAGAAGAGAAUGGUCAAGUUGUUUCUGCAUAGAGUUUUUCAUGGAACAUUGUCGUUUGAGAAGAGGAUAUAUACUGGACUAUCGACUGGGAUGUGUGGAUGCAUUACAACAUUUUCAAGUUGGCAAGUGAAUGCUGCAAUUAGUUUAAUGAAGGGAGAUGUCUUGUCGUUUGUGAGUAAGCAAGUAGUUGGUUUUACAACUUGUUAUUUUGCAUUUGUAAUUGCGAAGGAUAUUACAAAUGCAAUUUUGAGUUUUGUGAUUCCUGUUUUGAGGAAGAAAUUUGGAAAUGCAAAGGCGCCACAACAGGUCACAAUGACAAGUCAAAAUAGUGUUAAUUCAAUUGCAUCUUCGAGUGUUGCUUCUGGAUUGGCUGAAGAUGUAGAUAUUGUAGAACCAAUUCCAAAUGAGGAUCAGAGAAAGAUUCUCUUGGAAGAAGGUGAAAUUAAAUAUAUUGCCGAGAGUAAUGGAGAAUUAUUCAAAAGAAAAUUACUGGAAGAGUAUCAACAAAUUAGAAAUGCCAAAUGGAAAUCAAGAACAGCAAUCAAAAUGGCUGUUGAUUUGUUUGUAGUUUUGAUGGCUGUCAUUUCAGUUUUUAUUGUUCUGCUUGGUGCUAUGAACGUUUCAAAAUCAUUGGAUCAAAGUCUUUGCCUCACUCUCCUCGUUGCUCCUCUUGGCUGUUUAUUGAGAUAUUUAAUUUGCAAGCUAAAUAUUACAUUUAAAGCUGUUGAAAGAUUCCAAAUGCCAAUUUUCACACUUGCUGUCAAUAUCAUUGGCUCUCUAAUCUUGGUUAUUUUACAAGGUACUGCCUACGUUUCAGGUUUCACCUCUGGUGUUGCUGUUUAUUGGAUUGAUGCAUUCUCGGUUGGAUUUUGUGGCUCCCUCACAACCGUAAGCACAUUCAUUCAGGAAGUAUAUGGAUUGAAUCACACCUUUAAGAAGUAUCUGUACUCAUUGUCGAGUAUCUUUUGGACAACACUUGUUGUCUCCACUUGUUUGAUUCUCUUCAUGUGGAUUCUUUAAUUUAUUCAACUCAAAUUUAAACUCAAUAAUAUUAGUAUUACAUGAUGGCAAUACUAAUCACAAAAUUAACACAAUAACACAUUAUCUGGUUCAUCCUUGAGCCAUCAACAAUCACAAACUUUCAUCUUCAUAAAAAAAUGCUCAAC